AUGCCGGAGCAGAGCAACGACUAUCGUGUGGUGGUGUUCGGGGCCGGGGGAGUGGGGAAAAGCUCCCUGGUCCUACGCUUUGUGAAGGGCACCUUCAGGGACACCUACAUCCCCACAGUGGAGGACACCUACCGCCAGGUGAUCAGCUGCGAUAAGAGUGUGUGCACCCUGCAGAUCACCGACACCACAGGGAGUCACCAGUUCCCGGCCAUGCAACGCCUGUCCAUCUCCAAAGGCCACGCCUUCAUCCUGGUCUACUCCAUCACAAGCAAACAGUCUCUGGAGGAGCUCAAACCCAUUUACCAACAGGUCCUCGCCAUUAAGGGCAACGUUGAGGCAAUCCCCAUCAUGCUUGUGGGCAACAAGAGUGACGAGACCCAGCGGGAGGUGGAGACCAAGGAUGGGGAAGCUCAGGCCAAUCAGUGGAAGUGCGCCUUCAUGGAGACAUCGGCCAAGACCAACCACAAUGUAACCGAGCUCUUCCAGGAGCUCCUCAACCUGGACAAGAAGAGGAACAUGAGCCUCAACAUUGACGGCAAGCGCUCAGGGAAGCAGUCCCGCGCCGAGAGACUGAAGGGCAAAUGCAGCGUGAUGUAA